AUGACAUCAGAUCAGCCAUUGGCAAAUGUUUUUCGGUAAAUUAUUACAUUUAUUUAUUCAUUUUGAUUAAUACUGGACAAAACAAUAAAAUAUGGGUAAAUCUAUAAUAUAAUUAAUUUGUAUAGGUAUGUCGAUGACAAUAAAGAAAAAUUUGUGGAAACAUUAUCCCAGGCGGUAUCAAUUAAAUCAAUAUCGGCUGACCCAUCGUUGAGAAAUGAAGUCAUUAAGAUGAUGCAAUGGGCUCAAGCUAAAUUAAAAGGAUAUGGAGCUGAAGUAGAAUUGUGUGAUAUUGGUUCUCAGGUAUAAUACGUAUGAAAAUUAUCAUUAUUCUUAAAAUAAUAAACCAGUCGUUAAAUAUUAUUUACCCAUUAUAGCCAUAUAGGUAUUUUUGCAAUAUAAUCUACCACUAUAAAAUCAUUAUUAAUCAUUUAAUCUUUGUUUUAUUUAAUAAAAUAAUAAAGUAAAAACAAAAUGAUUAAAAUGGUUAAUACUCAUAAAUAAAUUAAAUGAAAAAAUAUAUAAACAAAAAAUGUACAUAUAAAAGUAAAAUAAAUAAAUGAAUCAAUACGUUCUCUAGAAUAUUAUAAUAAGUGUAUAAUACGACUGGCCGAUUUCAAAUUAAAAUCCAUCAUCAGGUAUAUCACAGUCUCAAAAUGUAAAAUACUACUGAAAAUAAAGGAAUGCACAGAAAAAAAAAAAAAAAAAUUAUACAAAUUGGUCCUUGUACAAUUUACAUAAUAAAAUAAAAAAAAAUAAUUUUAAUAAUAUUUUAAAUGUUCUAACCGAUUAUAAAAAUAAUAUCUUAUAUUAAUACGUUUUAGAUAAUAAAUAAUAACCAAAUAAUUUAUAUUUCUAUUGUCUAAUAAUAACUAAUUUUAAACCAUCACUCCUAUUAAAAUAAAUAAUUUUUUUAUUCUAUGUAAAACGACCAAUUUGUAAAUUUUUUUUCCACGUAUACCUUCAUUUAAUUUUUUAUAUUCAACCGCGUUUUACAUUUUGACUGUGAUAUACUUGAUGAUAAAUUUUAAUUUGAAACUGGUUGUAUAAUACACUUAUUAUAAUACUUCAGGCGACGCAUUAUUUCAUUUAUUUAUUUUAUUUUUAUCAUACAUUUUUAUUUAUAUAUUUAUUUACUUUAUUUCUUUGUUUUAUGUUAGAUAUUGAAUGACAAAAAAGUUCAACUUCCACCAGUAUUAAUGGGUAAAUUGGGUAAUGAUUCUUCUAAAAUUACGGUAUGCCUUUAUGGACAUUUGGACGUACAACCGGCUGAUAUUUCUGAUGGAUGGGAUAGUGAACCGUUUGUUCUUACAGAAAAAAACAGUAAAUUAUAUGGAAGAGGUUCUUCAGAUGACAAAGGUCCAGUUCUAGGAUGGCUAAAUGCUAUUGAAGCCUAUCAAAAUACUGGAACUGAGAUUCCUGUUAAUCUUAAGGUUUUAAUGUCAAUAAUACCAAUAUUAGUGUAUACUUAACAAUCAAAAAUAUCAUGGUUAUAAGUUUUUUUUUUUUUGUAUUUAGUUUGUUUUUGAAGGAAUGGAGGAAUCUGGUAGUGUUGGCUUGGACGAGUUACUCUUUAAGAAGAAAGAAUCAUUUUUCAACAAUGUGGAGUAUGUUUGCAUAUCUGAUAGUUAUUGGUUGGGAACUGAAAAACCUUGUUUAACAUAUGGACUUCGCGGUAUGUGUGCUUUUUAUGUUGAAGUUGAAGGUUCCAGUAAGGAUUUACAUAGUGGAAUGUAUGGUGGAACUGUGUAAGUAAUAAUAGAAAUAAUAAUUGUUCAUUAUUAAUUAAAACUAAUUUGUACAUUUUGUUUAUAUUACAUUCAAUUUUAGUAGGUAAUUGUUAACUAAUAAAUUAUAUUAUUUUUCUUACUAAUUUUAAAUUUAUUGCUCCAUAAAUGCACAUCUAUUUAAAUAACUAAUGCAAUAUUUGAUCAAAUAAAAGUAAUAAACUUUCUAUAUUUCUUUUUAGCUAUGAAGCAAUGUCAGAUUUGCUAUAUGUUCUUAACAAUUUAGUCGAUUUAAAAGGUAAUAUUUUAAUACCUGGAGUCGAUGAGGGAGUAGAACCAUUAUCUGUAAAAGAAAAAGAACUAUAUGAAAAAAUUGAAUUUGAUGUUGAUGCAUAUAUUAAAGAAGUUGGUGCAUUUCAGCCAUUAAAAAUAACAAAAGUCAGUAUUUAACAUAUAAAAUUUUAUUUUAUAAAUAUAAAACAAUUUAAAAUACAUUAUUUUAGGAAGAAUUGUUGAUGAGUAAUUGGAGAUAUCCUAGUCUGUCUAUUCAUGGAAUUGAAGGAGCAUUUUCAGGUCCUGGAUUUAAAACUGUAAUACCUCGUAAAGUGACUGGAAAAUUUUCCAUUCGGUUGGUACCAAAUCAAGUACCAUCAAGAAUCAUUGAAAUAGUGAAAAACUAUGUUCAAGGUAUUUGGGAUAAACGUCAAAGUCCUAACAAGUUUAAAGUAUUUUUAAUUUGUUUAUAAUUUAAUUUUUUAAGCAUAAUAUUACAAUAUUAAUACUUCAACUAAUUAAAUAGAUAUAUACAGUUGGUGAAGGUGGUAACCCUUGGAAGACGGAUCCAUUUAAUGAUCAUUUUUUGGCAGCUCACAAUGCUACAAAGACUGUAUACAAUGUUGAACCUGAGUAUACUAGAUGUGGUGGAUCUAUACCUGUUACUUUAACUUUCCAAGUACGUGUAUUUAUACAUAUUUGUAACUAUUUAAAUAGUUAUGUGCAUAUAGUGCACUUAAGUUUUAGAUAAUUACUGGUUUUUAUGAUAUAUUUAAUAAUAUUGAUUGGUUAUUUUUAGGAAGUUACUGGUAAAAGCGUUAUGCUUUUGCCAAUGGGUGCCGGAGAUGAUAGUGCACAUUCACAAAAUGAAAAAAUUGAUGUUCGCAAUUACAUUGAAGGAGUAAGUAAUAGAAUUACAAUAUCAUGUUAAACAACUUAUUGUUAGUAAAAUUAAUUUUCAUAGUGAGUUUUAUAGUAAUUCUGUUUGCACUUAUUUAUAUUUUAAUAGUUUAAUUAAUUUUAUGGAUUAUUUUAAGACGACUUACAACACUUCAUUAUUUAUAAUACUCACCAAUACAAUUUUAUUAACUUGUUUUGUUUCAGACAAAAUUGUUGGCAGCAUAUCUUUAUGAAGUGUCUAAAAUAAAACAAUAA